AAGGGGGGGCGCUCCCAAAAUGGCGGCGCUGGGCCGGCGGCUGCUGGGGCUGCGAGCGGCGGUGGGGAGGCGGGGGGCGCAGAGUCAAGGCCCCCCAGGCCCCCCCGCCGACCCCCAGGUGCCCCCCCAGACCCGCCCGUACCCCGGCGUGGUGGAGUCGACGGCCGAAUUUGCCUUCGUGGAGCGCUUGCUGCCCCCCAGCCGCGUCCCCGACCCCCCCGCGCACCCCACCUACCCCACGCCCUCGGGCUGGAGCCCCCCGCGAGCCCCCGACCCGGCGCUGCCCUACUUCGUGCGCCGGUCCCGCAUGCACAACGUCCCCGUGUACCGGCACCUCAGGGCGGGCACCCGCAGGACCACCGUGCUGCGCCGCAUCGAGGGCGACAUCUGGGCGCUGGAGGCCGAGCUGCGGGCGUUCGUGGGGCAGCGGCUGGGCCGGGAGCCGCUGACGCAGGUGAACGAGGUGACGGGGACGCUGCGGCUCAAGGGCCACGUGGACGCCGAGGUGCGCGCCUGGCUGCUGCAGAAGGGCUUCUGAAAGCGCCGAAACGGGGCAAAACCGGGCAAAAACCCCUCGCGGGGGGGGCGGAGGGACCCCGAAACGGGGCACAGCCUGCCCCCGAAAGGCGGAGGGGCCCCAAAACGCGGCCGAACCCGGUCGGGAACGGAGUAAAGUGGUUAAUAAAUGGGGGGAGUUCCUGAAAA